AUGGAUUCUUCGCCUGCACGAGGCUUAUGCAUUACCGAGGGCCAGGACAUCCGCAUUUGUCAUGGCUGUGCAGGGAACGCCCAGUGGCCAGAUUUUUUUGGACGAUCUUGGCUGUUACCAGACUGGGCGUUGCUCUUCAUGCGCUCCUGUGCGGCCACUUUUUUUGCAAUCACCCUGGUGCUGGAUGGGCUAACGACCAAAGAUGGUCUGAGAUUUUUCAUCUACUUGACCCGGUGGAGCUUUAUUUUGGAGACCUUGUACUUUUGCAUUGCGACAUGGGUCACUUUCCAAGCACGAAGAACCUCCAAGAGGUCUUCAAGCGAUCGGCAAGCCACUCAGGACAGCCGACUUCCAAGAUCGGUGCAAGCGAUGUCGUUGCUGUGGACUCUCACCUUCCCCAUCUCGGUGUUGGUUUGCUUGGCCUUUUGGACAUUGAUCAAUCCCUUGUGGGAUUUGAGAAUGCCUCCGAGCUUCGUUUUGAUUACUGAGCAUUUCAUCAACAUGCUGAUCUUCAUCGCUGAAUUUCUCGUCAACCGAAAUGUGUUCUAUCUCAAGCACGGCAUCAUUCUCUACAUCUAUGCCUUAUUGUAUAGUAUUUGGAGCCUAAUCCAUUUCAUUGCGAAAGUUGGUGUCGCCCCAGCGAUGGCAUGUCAGGAUUACCCCUUGGAUGAGUGUCCAAUCUAUCCUGUGCUUGAUUGGCAUCAUCCCGUGAGGACAAUUAUAGUGGUGUUAGGGGUGACUUUGGCAACUCUGAUGCUGCAGCUCCUCAUUUGGAAAUGCACUCACAAACGUGACCAACGAUUUCUCGGAUCCGGAUCAGGGGGUCUCAUGGAUCCAGAGAUUUGA